CUGAUAUGAGUAUUUCCGGUUCCCAAGGUGAAACAAUUAACAAUUUGAGCGGAACACAUGUUUCACUUGAUGUUAAAUUCAAAAAGGUUUCACAAAAAUGAAUAUCUUCACCCAGCUGGAUCUGUUCGAUGCUAUUCCAGCUAAAUGCCCGGUAAUCGACUGCAAGUCACAUCUGAAGCCACAGGAGUUGUUGGCGCAUCUGCUGUUGCGUCAUCGACCCGAGGAUUCGAUGGUAGAGAUUGGCGCCGCAUGGCACACCGUGUAUGAUGUGGAUCUGGCCAAACUGCCAGCUGGCUGCAAUUAUGUGGUGGGUGUUAUUGCCUAUGCCGGCUCCAACGAUGCGGGACUGAGUCGUCCCAUUGGACCGGAACUGCAGCUGGUGCAUCAUCUGCCUCUCAUGUUGAUGAUGUAUGUGAACCCUCCGGCUGAAGACCUGGAGCAGAUGUAUGUGCUAUAUCUGGUCAGUCCAGUUGCCGCACGAAAGGUGAGUGCUCGUGUCAGCCUCUUGGAUGGGCCGGAGGGGCGUGAGAUGCGUGGCUUACGCUGCCUACGUAACUUUCUCGAUGUACCGCUGAAGGAUAGUGAGGAGCUGCUCCACGGCAACAUCGACUAUCUGGUAUAUUCGGCAAGAGAUGUGUGGAAGCUGUGCCGCAGAGACGAAAGGGGCACGCUUUAUGUUAAAAUAGUGCUGCGAGGCGAGCCGAAUCUAUUUGAGACUGAGGAUGAGCAGCUCGAUGGGUAGACAUUGGGGCAGGCUACCGAGUGACUCACUAGGUGUGUCGGGCGGGUCUGCCUCCUAUAAACUGACAGCUGGCCUAUAACCAAAAACUAUUGACGCACACUUGGGAUUUGAGUGCUUGUCAAUAAUUUGGUAUUGGUAUUGAUGUUGUUGUUAUUGUGCUUAUUGAAUGAAACGCUGCCCAACUGUCAGAAAAA